AUGUCCAAAAUAGAAUAUAUUAGCUUUGAAGGUUUAAGGAUUGAUGGACGACGUCAGAAUGAGGCCCGUAACAUAGAGAUUCUCUGCGGUAUAGAGUGCGGACUUGAUAUCACAGACUACGAUGGAGCAGCUCAGGUGACACAGGGGUUUAACAUAGCACAGGCGUUUGUCAAUGGGCCUACAGAUAGCUCAAAGGCCAAACAACGGGAAGGCUCUGACUACACGGAAAGCGCGGUAGAGAUACAAUGCGAGGUCGUACUGCCCGGUGAAAAACGAUUUACGGGAAAUAAAGUUAAUUAUGAGACUACAUAUAUGGCAUACGUUGUCAGAUCGACUAUUGAACGUGUUAUUUUGAGCCAGUUAUAUGAAGACGCUGCUAUAAACGUCUUUGUUAACGUUCUAGAGGCUGAUGGAGGUGUACUAGCUACGGUUAUUAACGCUGUGUUUAUAGCACUUAUCGACGCGGGAAUCGCAAUGAGGGACCUUGUGGUAGCUUGCACUGCGGUUAUGCUCAACAAUGAACUUCUUCUAGAUCCCAACCAGCUGGAAUUAAAUGCCGGUAUUGUGGAGCUCACCUUGGCAGUAGCGGUGUCCACGGAAGAGGUCCUAUACAUAGAAUUGUCAUCUAAAUACUCAAUCAAAUCCGUCGAAGAGAUAAUACAAUUUGGUAUUAAAGGUUCCGCCAGCUUCAGCGAUGUGGCCAAGGCGGCACUUAGGAGAUACGCUAUUAACUACCUGGAACUCAAUAAAACUCUUAAAGCAGACGAACAUAAGCUAUAUAUCGCAACUUAA